UGGGCGGGCCUGGCGAGUUGGGGGGCUGGGCUGGACGGAGCUAGUUUGGGCGGGAAAGAGAAGCCAAGGGAUUGGAUAAGAGCGGGACGUUCUCCUCACAGGUGACUUUGGCGACCAUCCUUGGUGAGAUCCACUGAGGGCAGUGGGAUUUGCUUCCUGAGUAAACAGGCAUAGGGCUUCAUAUUCCGCUUUUUCCUUUCCUGAAGGGGAGCCAGAACGGCUUUUCAGCUGAAAAAUACCCCGGUCAAAGAAAACACACACAAAAGCAAAACGACAACAAAACAAGCCCAGAAACAAUAAGCUCUCGCAUACAAAAUACUCUCUUAAUAAAUGACUUAGACGAAAUGUUUGUCCAAGCCACAAUGAAUUAAUGAGAUUUGCUUUUGAAACUGACACCACACACAAAUACUUUUUUUAAAAAAAAGGUUUUAACAACUAUUUUUCGAUACUGGUUGCUUAAUUUCUGCUGACUUUUGUUGUGUUUUAACCUUUCAAAAGCCACCCUUAGUGCUGCAAAUUACAGCAAAGGAUGGAGGAAUAUAUUAAAAUAAUAUUGCUGUUCUAUAGUUCUUUUAAUAUAAAUCGCUCAAGUUGUGUAGCAUAAAACUGCAAACAUCGUAUCACGAUGCAUUCUAAAACAAUCACUAAUCCAAAAUAUAAAAGCAGUAAAAAGGCACCUCACCUCCAAAAAAAGAGAACGAGAAUACAAAGGCAUACCUUUUAAAGAGAAAUGAUUUUGAAACAUAAUCUUCUAAUCGUUAGACAGUUCCGUUAUUUUAUUGCUGAUUGAUUUGUUCUGUAUAAACGCUGGCUUCUGCUUUUAUUUUUAUUGCUUUUAUUAGUCUUGGAUGUUGGGGUUUGUUUGUUCAACCCUGAUGAACAGAUUGAAAGGCAGGAUGUUAACAUUUAAAAAUCGAUCUUACGAGGAAAGGUUACAAUAUUCAGGGCUUUUCGGUUUAGAGAAAAGGCGAGUAAGAGGAUAACAGAAUAUGCAAAAAUAUGCAUGGCAUAGAGAAAGAGGCUACAGCAUGUUUUUCUCCUCUCAUAGCACUAGAACUCGUGGGCAUCCUGAAUGUUGGAUUUGAGACUGAUAAAGCACUUCUUCAUACAGCACACAGUUAAACUAUGGAACUCACUGCCACAGGAGGCAAUGAGGAGGUGGCCACCAACUUGAAUGGUUUUCAAAGAGGACUAGACAAAUUCAAGGAGGUGAUAAGAAAAUAAAUGCUCCUUCAAUUACAUAAAGGUAUAUUGAACUAAUAGGGAUGUGGGUGGUGCUGUGGGUUAAACCACAGAGCCUAGGACUUGCCGAUCAGAAGGGUGGUGGUUUGAAUCCCCGCGGCUUAGUCAUGCUGGCCACAUGACCCGGAAGCUGUACGCCGGCUCCCUUGGCCAAUAAAGCGAGAUGAGCGCCACAAUCCCAGAGUCGGCCACGACUGGACCUAAUGGUCAGGCGUCUCUUUACCUUUACCUAUAUUGAACUAAUAAAGGGAGCAGCCAUGUUUCUUUCCUCUCGACUGUGAGGCCUUGAAAUAAAAUGCAUCUUGAUAUAAAACGUAUCCCCAUGAGUCAGACCCCUUGCGACUAUAAAGACAUGUAACAAUUUGUUUUGCAACAUUUUCAAAUUAAGUGCUUUGUAACAACUGAUCGUCUUAAAGCUUGCAAAACAGUUUGCAGUUUACACUUGAAAUCUAUGCAACCAUCUUUUGUUUGUUAUUAUUUUUAUAUAAUUUUUAUAUAUAAUUUUUAUUUAUGAUUUCCAAUUGUAUACCUUUCAAUAAUUUUACAAUCAUUUUAACAUUUUGAAACUCGACUUCCUUCCCCCCUCUUUCUGCGGUUCCUUAAAUUUGUUUUUUUUAAUAUCUGCAUAUUCCAAAUUAACUUAAUCAUUUAUUCAUCUACUUUAAAUGUGUACUCUUAUAAAACUGCAGGUUAUUACAACAAUCCUGCCAAUGUUCUUAUCCAUUUACAGUUUGUUUGUAAAUAUUCAACAAACCGUUUCCAUCUUUUGUUUGUUAAAUCCUUUCGCUCUUGCUAAUGUCUUUAUGAAUCCUGUAAAAAUUACUCUGUGAGUUUGUGAUUGUAUUUUGUAAAUCACCCCGUCAGGCAUUGUCUCCAGCUAUCAGUUUCCAGUCUCAUCCUCUCACGACACCUAGGGGGAUGUAAAAGCCAAAGAUGAGCAAAAGAUCUUGUUGCCUCAUGUCAUCACUGAAUCAGGUAUGACUCACCUGUCUCACAUGUACCUAAUCUAUGUUUGGCAUGAGGGAGUGGGGAGCAUGAAAGGUAGGGCAGUUCAUAAAAAACUUUUUUUUGAAAAUGCCUGCUCCAAAGGUCUUAUCAUACUACACCAGGGAUUAUAUAGCUAUACGUAUCUGAAAUUUCAUGCGUAUCAGUUAAUAACUUGACCCUGCUGAAUUGAAAUUUCAGCCUUCACGACAUAGGACAACGGCCAAGUAAACAUCUAUUUUCGUGGAGGAGGGUCAAGAUAUUAACUGAUAUGCAUGAAAUUUCAGAUACAGUAGUACCUCGGGUUACAUACGCUUCAGGUUACAGACGCUUCAGGUUACAGACUCCGCUAACCCAGAAAUAGUACCUCGGGUUAAGAAUUUUGCUACAGGUUGAGAACAGAAAUCAUGCUCCAGCGGCACGGCAGCAGCAGGAGGCCUCAUUAGCUAAAGCGGUGCUUCAGGUUAAGAAUAGUUGCAGGUUAAGAACGGACCUCCAGAACGAAUUAAGUACUUAACCCAAGGUACCAAUGUACAGCUAUAUAAUCCCUAGUGUAGUAAGAUAAGACCUUUGGAGCAGGCAUUUUUUAAAAAAAAGUUUUUAAUGAACUGCCCUGGUGAAAGGGGAUUUGAGCUCGGGACUUAUCUCAGUUCGGGGUUUUCUCUCUUUUGCCUGCCUGUGGAUACAGAGAGGACCCUGUUGCAACAGUGUCCGUACAGUGGGUUCCCCGGCUGCUGACGCCUUUCUAGAAGCAGGAAUGAGUCACAUGCUCACUGGCUCUUUUGGCCAAGUGUCACAAAAACCUUGAUGACUUCUUUGCCAGACUAGUUACUCAGGAAGAAACAUGGGUCCAUCCAAACAAUGGAACGCAUUCUGCCUUACCACCUCCAAAGUAGGCACGUGUCCAACCAUCAGUGGGCAAGGUCCUGCUCACGGUCUUCUGGGACCAGCACGGAGUAGUGAUGAUGGAUUUCCUGGCAAUGGGUACCACAGUUUCCGGGACAUACUACGCUUCACUGCUGCGGAAGGCCAUCAGAAUCGAGAGGUGUGGUGUGCUGAACAAAGGUGUCUGCCUCCUGCAGGAUAAUGCCCCGGUUCACAACUCACAUGUUGCACAGACGGAAGCAUGGUCCUGUGGCUAUGAAAUCCUUCCUCACCCCCCUUAUUCUCCCAACCUCGCACCAUCGAACUCCCACCUCUUUCCAACCAUGAAGUUCUUUCUGAAAGGCAAGCUUUUUCCAGAUGAUGAAAUGCUGAUUUCUGGGGUCAAGCCGUGGCUUCUGACGCAACCUGCUGACUUCUACAGACGAGGUCUCCACACCUGCAUAAAGCAAUGGGAGAAGUCUCAGUCCACAGGAAGUACGUCAAGGGAAAUCUUUAAUGAGCGCCCCUCAUAACUUGGCCUCGCUGGAGGUCUAUGCGGGAUUGUGGGGAGGGUUCUAUUGACUGCACCUUUCCUGAGUUUCCUUUCCUCCAAGGCUAUUGAUGACUACUUGUUGUGGUUGUUGUUUAGUCGUUUAGUCGUGUCCGACUCUUUGUGACCCCCAUGGACCAGAGUACGCCAGGCACUCCUGUCUUCCACUGCCUCCCGUAGUUUGGUCCAUCUCAUGCUGGUAGCUUCGAGAACACUGUCCAACCAUCUCGUCCUCUGUCAUCCCCUUCUCCUUGUGCCCUCCAUCUUUCCCAACAUCAGCUUCAGGAUCUGUCCUUCCAGUGAGCACUCAGGGCUGAUUUCCUUCAGAAUGGAUAGGUUUGAUCUCCUUGCAGUCCAUGGGACUCUCAAGAGUCUCCUCCAACACCAUAAUUCAAAGCAUCAAUUCUUCGGCAAUCAGCCUUCUUUAUGGCUACUAGCCAUGGUGAUUAUGGUCUGCCUCCACAGUUGGUGGCAGCAAUGCUCUUAAACUCCAGUUGCUGGAAACCACAGGUGAGGAGAGCGCUCAUAUGCUCAGAUCCCAUUGUGGCUUCUCAUUGAGGCAUCUAGUUGGCCCUUGUGAGAAACGGAUGCUGGACUAAAUGGACCAUUGGCUUAAUCCAGAAGGCUCCCUUUACGUUCUGAUGCAACCAUGCUGAAUGCAUGAUCUUGUUCUCUUGGCACACGUAUAUCCUCCUCAGGGCCAAGAUCUGGCCAUUCUGAGCGCAGAGCCAUGCUUGAUAAUUCACACAUAGAGAAAUUUAGGGACAUACAGGGACCUAAUAGUGAGUGAAUCUGCACUAUUUGACAAAUAGCCAUUUCAGAGCAGCCCAGCAGGUGUCAGCCUUGCUUAGAAAAAACAGCCUGUUCAGAAAAAGCUGUUCAGUUUCUCCAGCUGCUAAGAGGCUCUGGAAAGGCUUGCGAAAUAUGGAUCUUUUUACUAUUUACUUAUUUCUUAAAAUGAGCUAGAGGUUGCUGCAAAGGGAUAGGCCACUAAAUAAAUUUACAUCCGAAGGAGGCUGUGCUACGUGGCGGAGGAAGGCAAGUAUUGCAAUAUUUCCUGCAAUUAGAAACAAUAAACCAACCAGUUAAAGAUUCUGGGUCUUGCUGAUAGUUUAGGUGUUAUAACUAACUGGUUUUUUAAUUAUAAUGGCUAUAUCACAGUUUUCAUGUUGUGUACUACCCUGUAAUCUGUUUAAGAAAGGGUGGUGUGUUAAUAAGACAAUAAUAGGAGUAGUAGGAACAACAACAUAAACAACAAGAACUAGCACUGUUACAGGUGCCAUAUAAUGCUUGUUCCACAUUUGUAAGAAAUCAAUCAUUUAGUGUGGUCGCCCUUUGGAACUCCCUGCCUAUUGACACCAGGCAGGUACCUUUACUGCACUGUUUUGAGUGCCUGCUAAAAACAUUUUUGUUUAGAGAAGCCUAUCCAAAUAUGUAGAGUGCUGAUGUGUGUUCUCAUCUGUGUUUAGUUUAUCACUAAUUAUAUUUUAUUUUUGAAAUGUUUUCAAUAGUUGUCUUUAACUGUUUUACAUGUAAUGUUAUUUUUUAUUCUUUUGAGGGGUUCCCCCCCAAUAAAUAAAUAAAUAAAUAAAUAAAUAAAUAAAUAAAUAGACAACAACACCUCUCAGUUGGCUUAAUGUACAUUCACAUCACACAAUUGUUUCCAAACAAGCAAUAGUGGUCAAAAUUCCAUGAAGGAAAAAUUCCCUGCUAUUUUAAAAUUUCCCCCCUGCAGUAUGAAACUUCCAGAAAACACUGGGGGCACUCUACGCCAAAGCUUCCAUUCAAGCAGGCCAAUGGUGAGAUCCAAAGGGCUGGACCCCACGGGAGAUCUUGUGCUCCCUAGAAUAGGGAUUUCUUCAUUAAGAAGGCCUGUGGUAUGUCUGUGAAAAGACAAUUAAAAAUCAUACGGUGCCUAACACAGUGAUUUACAGUUGCUGCAAGAGGCAGGAAAAAAUUGUGGUUUGCCAAGAACCUCAGCAAUUUUCUAGUAGCCCAUGGCAGGUCAGAUUUUGGGAACCACUACCUUAGAACAUCAUAUCCCCCAGUAAAGACCUGCAGAUGGAGGUUUCUUAGUAGACAAGUUGAUACUCAGUGGAACAGGGUUUCUCUGAAGGCAGAAAAGCUUGAAAGCUACUGGCUUAGCCAUCACCAAUUUGUUGUGGGCUGUCAGACGUCACAGGGUAUGCGUGAGAAUUCUGGUCCUCUGUUGCUUAAGAUGCAGGAAAUGCUUCCUGAUGAAACUAGGAUUUUUUUAAUGGCUACCAUGAACAAGUCAUCUCUAGAGAGGUUACUGGACAGCUUGACAACUGAGAGGUGUCCAUAUUUGAACAUGGCUUUUCGUGGAAUUUAGUGUACACAGCAAGUUUACCCCCCACCUCUGUUUUUUUUCUUCAGAAGAUGGCCUGAGGGACAGUUCUACAUUAAUAGCAACUCCUUUCAGAAGAAGCAAUCUCUGCUCCCUGAGAAAACAGCUAUUUUCAGGCAGGCCUGUUCUCGAGGAGCUGCUAUUUUUAGCAAAUUCUGUUUGGUGAAAGGGGGGGGGGCGUCUUUGUUUCUAAAAACCCACAGCCUUCCCCUCACUCCAGCACUGGUAGCUGCUCCUUGUCUGACAAUGAGCUAUCCCUUGUGGCGCAUAUUAGUAGCCUGAGGGAAGUGUACAAAAAGCAGCAAGCCAAGCAAAGGCUAAUGAUGGAGGCGGAAGCCUUACGGAGUGCUCCUUUCUCAGCAGGUUCCAUUAGUAAAUGAAGUUUUCCUGAAGGGACCCAUAUUUGCUUUCAGUGUAUUCCAAAACACGGCACUUAAUCCUGCCAUUCAACUUUCUUUAAAAUAUGCCCCUCCUAGCCAUACGACUCAGAUGUCACGAGCCACAAUGGCAUACCCUCCAACAUUUCUCCAAUGAAAAUAAGGAUGUCCUGUUCCAGAAUACAGUCGUACCUCGGAUCCCAAACGCCUUGCGAGCUGAACGUUUUGGCUCCUGAACGCCCCAAACACGGAAGUGAGUGUUCCGGUUUGCAAACGUUCUUUGGAACCCGAAUGUCUGAUGGGGCUUCCACGGCUUCCGAUUGGCUGCAGGAGCUUUCUACAGCCAAUGGGAAGCCGCGCCUUGGUUUCCAAACGUUUUGAAAGUAGAACGAACUUCCGGAAUGGAUUCCGUUCGACUUCCACGGUACGAUUGUAAUAAUAAUUUUGUUAUUUAUAUCCCGUCCAUCUGACUGGGUUGCCCUAGCGGCUUCCAACAUAUUAUAAAACCUUAUAAAACAUUAAACAUUAAAAAACUUCCCUAUGCAGGACUCCCUUCAGAUGUCUUCUAAAGGCUGUAUGGUUACUUAUCUCCUUGGCUCAGGGGUCAAAUAACUCCAUACCCUCCAACAUUUCUCCGAAGAAAAUAGGGGCGUC